AUAAAUAGUUACCUUACUCCACUUCUAAAGAACCACCAAAAGAAAAGAAGGGAUAGCCUUAGCCUUAGAGAAGAUGUCUUCUUCUUCUACUACUACUAUACUUGCACUAGGACUCUUCGCCUUCUUCCUUCUAACCAUCUUACCCUUCACAGUUCAAGCCACUGUCCCCUCUUCCAAGACCUUCAAAUUCAUAAACCAAGGCGAAUUUGGCGAAUACAUUGUCGAAUACGGCGCUGAUUACCGCGUCUCAGAUAUCCAAACAUUUCCCUUCGCUCUCUGCUUCUACAAUACCACUCCCAAUGCCUUCACUCUCGGCCUACGAAUGGGAAACCGCCAUUCCGAAUCAAUCAUGCGUUGGGUUUGGGACGCCAACCGUAACAACCCAGUUCAUGAAAACGCUACUCUAACCUUCGGCACAGACGGAAAUCUCAUCCUCACCGACGUCGACGGUAGGGUCGCAUGGCAAACCAAGACCGCCAACAAGGGUGUCGUUGGGCUGAAGCUAAUCUCCAACGGCAACUUGGUGUUAUACGAUCAGAAGGGAAGGUUUGUAUGGCAGAGCUUUGAUCAUCCAACGGAUACACUCUUGGUGGGCCAAUCACUUCGUCCUGGGGGACCCAACAAGCUUGUUAGUCGUCUCUCAACCGUUGAUGGCUCUGAAGGUACUUACAGCUUUGAAUUGGAACAGAUGCGGUGGGCCAUGUACAUGAAGAGCAAGAAUUCAGUUAAGCCUUUACUUUAUUUUGGAGCUGAAGAAGGUGCUACCUUGACACGUUUGAUGUUCAGUAGUGCACCUGAGACGAAAGAAGGUUAUGCUUUUGAGUUAACGUUCGAGUUGGAGAUCAAUAAUGUGUCCUCUGGGAGUUCAAUCUUAGCCCGGCCCAAGUAUAAUUCGACUCUGUCUAUGCUAAGAGUGGGAUAUGAUGGUAAUUUAAAGAUCUAUACUUACUAUGACAAAGUGGAUUGGGGUGCAUGGGAGGUGACCUUUAGCCUUUUCGACAGGGAAGGGAAGGAGAGUGAAUGCAAGCUACCUACAAGAUGUGGGUCAUUGGGAGUUUGUGAGGAUGAUCAAUGUGUGGCUUGUCCUACUCAAAAGGGCAUGUUGGGGUGGAGCAAGAGCUGUGCACCACCUGUGUUGCCUCCUUGCAACAAGGGUAAGGGUGGGGCAGGGGCCAAGGUGAAUUAUUACAAAGUUGUCGGUGUGGAGCACUUUAUGAAUGGGUACACAGAGGGAGAUGGGCCUAUGAAGGUCGUUGAGUGUAGGGACAGGUGUAGCAAGGAUUGUGGAUGCUUGGGCUUUUUUUAUAGGGAAGAAUCCUCUAAGUGCUUGCUGGCUCCAGAGCUUGGCACACUCACUAAAGUCUCCAACACAACCCAUGUCGCUUUCAUUAAGAUCUCUAAAUGAUCUGGCUUUGGUUUUUAAAGGCUUUAUCUUGCCUUCUUGCUUUAGUUGAAUGAAUUUGUCUUUUGUUUGGUAUGAGGAAAAACAGAAUGUAUUUAACAUGAAGGAGUUUGUAUCUUUGUAAUAAUCAAGAACAGUCAGUCUCUAAUGGAAAGUUCUUUUUGCCCUUUUCA